GUCCCGGGUGCGUCUGUGACGGGGCUGGGAAUUCCUUUUGGCUCUCUCCCGCCGCCCUGGGGACCCCUGAAGACCCCUUUUAAUCGGCUUCCUCCCGCCGUCCGGGCGUGCCUCCUGUAGUGGGAGUGUUUUCGCCCUGUCUGGACCUGCGUCGGUUCGCGGACUGCUGCUGGAAACAUCCCUGCCCCUUCUGGGGAGGCCGAAGGUCGAGCCCCGGAUCUGUGGGCGUCCCCAGACUCAUCUGAGAUACCUUUACGGACGUGUAGGGAAGGACCAGAUUAUGGGCAACAGUCCUUUUAAUUAAUUUAUCAUCACCAUCAUGGCUAAUGAGGGCUGUUCCAAGGCCAGCGAUAAUCCUUUUCCAUCAGAUAAACAUGCUCAGCUCAUCUUGGCUCAGAUCAAUAAAAUGAGGAAUGGACAGCAUUUCUGUGAUGUGCAACUGCAAGUUGGGAAGGAAACUUUCAAAGUUCAUCGGCUGGUUUUGGCUGCCAGUAGUCCUUAUUUUGCAGCUUUGUUCACUGGAGGAAUGAAAGAGUCCUCAAAAGAUGUUGUACAGAUUCUUGGAAUUGAAGCUGGAAUCUUUCGAGUACUUCUAGAUUUCAUUUACACAGGUAUAGUGAACAUAGGUGUGAAUAAUGUCCAGGAACUGAUUGUUGCUGCAGACAUGCUACAGUUGACUGAAGUUGUUAAUCUUUGCUGUGAAUUUCUGAAAGGACAAAUUGAUCCACUGAACUGCAUUGGGAUCUUUCAGUUCUCUGAGCAAAUUGCCUGCCAUGAUCUUUUGGAAUUCACAGAAAACUACAUUCAUGUCCAUUUCUUGGAGGUUCAUAGUGGGGAAGAGUUCCUGGCACUUACAAAAGAUCAGCUAAUCAAAAUUUUACGAAGUGAAGAGCUUAGUAUUGAGGAUGAAUACCAGGUCUUCUUAGCUGCAAUGCAAUGGAUUCUGAAAGAUCUGGGGAAGAGAAGAAAACAUGUGGUGGAAGUGCUAGAUCCAAUUCGAUUCCCUUUGUUACCUCCUCAGAGGCUUUUAAAGUAUAUAGAAGGUGUAUCAGAUUUUAAUCUUCGUGUUGCAUUGCAAACACUUUUGAAAGAGUACUGUGAGGUGUGCAAAGCUUCCAAAGAGAGCAAGUUUUGUAGUUUUCUGCAGACAUCUAAGGUUCGACCUCGGAAGAAAGCAAGAAAGUACCUAUAUGCAGUAGGUGGAUAUACUCGGUUGCAGGGGGGUCGUUGGAGUGAUAGCAGAGCCCUCAGCUGUGUAGAGCGUUUUGACACCUUCAGCCAGUAUUGGACCACUGUGUCUUCACUUCAUCAGGCUCGAUGUGGGCUGGGAGUAGCAGUUCUGGGCGGGAUGGUCUACGCUAUUGGAGGUGAAAAGGAUUCAAUGAUUUUUGACUGUACUGAAUGCUAUGAUCCAGUUACUAAACAGUGGACAACUGUAGCUUCCAUGAAUCACCCCCGCUGUGGCUUGGGAGUGUGCGUGUGUUACGGGGCUAUCUAUGCAUUGGGUGGAUGGGUUGGAGCUGAGAUUGGGAACACCAUUGAACGAUUUGAUCCUGAUGAAAAUAAAUGGGAAGUAGUUGGCAACAUGGCUAUGUCACGCUACUAUUUUGGAUGCUGUGAAAUGCAAGGUUUAAUUUAUGUAGUUGGAGGCAUCAGUAACGAAGGAAUAGAGCUUUGUUCUUUCGAAGUUUAUGAUCCACUUUCCAAGCGUUGGUCUCCACUUCCUCCAAUGGGAACUAGGAGAGCAUAUCUUGGGGUGGCUGCACUCAAUGACUGCAUCUAUUCUAUUGGAGGGUGGAAUGAAACACAAGAUGCUCUUCAUACUGUAGAAAAAUAUUCCUUUGAAGAGGAAAAAUGGGUUGAAGUUGCCUCAAUGAAAGUGCCUAGAGCAGGCAUGUGUGUUGUGGCAGUCAAUGGGCUUCUAUAUGUUUCUGGAGGUCGAUCUUCCAGCCAUGAUUUCUUGGCCCCAGGUACCUUGGACUCAGUUGAGGUUUAUAACCCUCAUUCAGAUACAUGGACAGAAAUCAGUAACAUGAUCACAAGCCGUUGUGAAGGAGGUGUUGCUGUACUAUGAAAUGUGAAGUAUAAGAGAACACAAACAUUUUGCAAAUACAGGAUCAGACCUUUUGUAAAUCAAAAAUGUAUUUGUUAUUAGGACUCUGAUUGUGUUGAAUUUUCCAUGUAUUUGGUAGCUAAAUGACUAAAAAAUGAUUUUUCUAAGAAUUUGAGUCAGAAGUAUAUGGAAUAUAUCCUAAAUUAAUAAAGAGCUCAUACAAAUUUGCCAAGUUUGCCAAUAGAAAUGCUGUUUAUUCUCUAUAGUUGUCCAAUUAUGGGUAUCAGCCUUUUUGUAAAAAUGAUUUGGUGAAAGCUUCUUGGCAAAUAGCCCUUUUAGCAGUUUUCCCAGUGCAGUUCAAGCUGUCGCAUUGCCUUUAUGUGAUGUAGGAAUAUCAGUGAGAUAGUCAAAGAUGCCUGUACAUUCAUAGUUCAAUACAGAGCACAAUUUUCCAUAGUCAUAGUUUAAAUGACAUUAAAAAAAUUAACGAAAAAGCCUCCUCCUUUUAUUUGAUACCAGGAAUUUUCAUUAGCCUCAAACUUUUUAUUGCAGCAGAUAUACUGAGUGUGGAAUAUGGGAGAUAUCUAGCUAUUUAUGUAGAUAAGCUUUUACCUUUAAUAACAGCAUAAACAAUCUAUUUACUCAUGUUUUUUGACUUGAUGCUAAGAAUGCAAGUGAUGAAUUGAUAGCAAGUUCCCAGUGACAGCCCAUCAUUGCAAUAGGAUGAUAUAAAGGGUACUAGAACCCAGCUU